GCGACUUUGCUCGGCCAUGGGUGGCUCAGCAGAGAGCGAGGAGAACGACAGUCUUCAUGAUGAUUUGGAUGACUUUCCUCUUCCUGAGGGUGUUGAUGACUUAGAGGAUCUUGACAACUCUGAGGCUGAAGCGGAGGCUCCUGACGACCCUGACGACCCUGACGACCCUGAAGAUCCUGAUGCGGAUGAGGCCCAUGAAGCUAGUGAAGGCUCCGCUCCCAAGAAGGACAUUGAGAUUCCAGAGCAUCCAACACGCACAGGGGUCAAAUGUGCCGAGUAUUUCGCCCGAGGUUUGCCACGUGAGGGGCUUGAACCCAUCUCGGUGAUGCCAGGUCGUUCGCACGCGGUCGCGCGGGAUAUCGUGAAAAUCGUGCAGGACUUCAAGGAGCAGCUCAGAGGAGUCCAGCUGAAAGUGGGUACUUUUCCCAAAUUCCGAGAGAUGUACCGCAAGUGGGGCGCGUCUGUGCUGGUGGAGAAAGGCAAUCGUGAAGAGCCACGAGAUGUUUUCCAGUUUGUUUGCGGGAUGUGCUGGCAGUACUUCAUAGAACUUGAAGACAUGGCUUCCAAAGUCGGAGUCGUGUUCCUAGUUUAUUUGUUGUUCCACACUCAAUAUCACAGCCGCUAUGCGAUACCUGUCACAAUUGACCUGCUACAGCAGCUCACAGUCUUGCGGGACCAGUGUGUUGCACAAGAGAUCUUUCUGGAACUUCCGGCAGUUCUUCGAGAAAUGGCGCAGAAAGACUUGUUUUCAGUGGGACUUCGUGCCACCUGUCGCAGCCUCUGGUUUGACCGGCACGGCCACUUGAUCGAACGCCAGGUGAGUAAAGCCAAGAGCGCACAAUCCACCUUGGUGACCAUCCAAAGGCCACCUGAUCUCACAAACUUGCAAAAAAAGGUGGCUGAAUAUGAAGAGAUGAAUGAGAAGGCUGAGGUGAUCCCAAAGUCGGAUCCCAGCAGCAGUGACCAGGUGAACUUCAUCGCGGCUGCCACCCAGCGAUAUGUGAACUCCGUGGACCCUGGAGAAUUGCCAGAAGGCGGUGCUGUUCCCGUGAUUGAGAUAGAUGAGAACGAGAAUGCCAAGAAAAAGAACAGACGGAUCAAAUUUGCACGACGGCGGGUGGUCGAGGACCCCGAGGAUAAUGAUGUCGACGAGACUCCGGCCUGCCAAAUCAUCAUGGCGCAGCGGAAAGAGGUGGUAGCUGGCAAGCCGAUGGACGUUUGGCGCCGGACCUAUGCCACGCCGAAUCCGCUGGUGCAGCGCCUGGGCCUUGAGGCGGCGGUGAACGGCGGCACGACGAAGCGCCUGCUGGCCACGGUGGAGCAGACCAUUGCACAGGCGGAGACCAUUGCACAGGCGGAGACCCUGGCUGACGCCGCUGGGUAGAUCUUGAUGGUCACGGCCUCGCACGCGCACGUGAGCCAAAAAA